GGAAAACUAAGCAUGUUCAUUUUCCAAUAAGGAUUCCAAGACUCGUGUGAUAUGUUUAGUCUGUUUGUCUCCUGUCGUUAUACAUAAUUAUAGAAAUGGAUAAAUCAGUAUGAAAGUGAAAAGUUUUAAUGCAGGAGGUCAUGAUAGUGUAUAAGUGAGGUGCUUUUUAAAAAUAUAAGUCCCCCUGCUCGCCUGAUCAAUAGGAAUCGCGGAUGUUUUUGGUUGUAGUGUCCUGGUAUGGAGUAAGCUGAAUUGUAAAAAUUCAAUAUUUGUUUUUCUUGUGUGUGGAUUGCGUGAAUGGAUAUAUAAUAGCAUUGCAGCCAACCUAUUUCCAAGAAAUGUUUUAUGCAUCAAUAUAAUAUUGUUUGUUAAUAUGCCCGCAUUACGCCGCAUUCUUUCCGCAAGAUCUGAUUGCUUUUAUUUGUUUUUGUCUGUAGCAGACACCAAAAAUCGCUGAUGCAAUAUAUUAAAUGUCUAUGUUCACCUUAGUUUUAUUUGGAAAUCGGAAUCAACCACCAUGUUUGGUUACCGCACUUUACCACGUAUUUGUGAGCUCAUUUUUAUUUAUCGUUUGCUUGUGCCUUUGGAUUUAUAUAUUCAGUGUACAUGUAUGUGACUGGUCCCUGGUUCAAAUUUUAAAUUUCCUUGUGAACAUGGGAAACGAAGGGAGUCUGCCGUCUGAUACCGAGAGCCAGGUUUCAGACUGGCAGUCUAUUUACUCUUACGGCUCACGUGCCGGAAGGAGAUCUUCACUAGGGUCUAUGCGGAUACCAUCUCCCAUGGACCCACCGGAACCGGAUCUAAGUCACUUAUCACCGGAUGAAGUUGCCAAAAUACGCGAGGUCAUUGGAAGAGCGAAAGAAAUGAAGGAUGAAGAAAACAAAAGAAUAAGGAAGCUAGAAGAAGAGUAUGUCGCUUACACAGCCGAUGUGGAAAGACGAACUAAUGAGGUUGUGGCAUCAGCUGGUGAACUCAAUAAAGACUCUCCAUUAUGUCCAAUCUGUCUGGAAAGCGAACUGAAAAUACAGGAGGGCAAGAUGACGGAAGGACAAAAUGUAUGCGCAGAUUGCGGUAACCUAACGUGUCUUAAAUGCGGAGAAAUGGAGCAAUCCGUUACGUCAAAAGAAAUGGAAUGGGUAUGUCACGUCUGCCAUAAGAGAAGACAACUCGUGCUUAGUUCCGGUCUAUGGCAUCCCGGAUGUGACGUAGAUGAAGACAUUCCAUUAGCAAGGGAAGUGGACCGAAGACUACACGAACUUGAUAAAGCCAGCAUAGCACGUGGACCAUUGACGCGUUCGGCGUCUGUUGACGGUAAUGACGGACGCUCUGCCUCUAUCAGUAGCGCUGCCUUACAACGCCAGAUGUCGCUUCCCGACUAUCACAUGCCAACGUCUCUUUCUACGGGUCACACGCUUGAAGUCAUUCCUGAGAGCGGAUUUAGUGAUAACGUCAGUGAUACAGCAAGCCCGGAACCAGCGUCAACAAAAGUAAAUAGUCCGACAGAUUCCGAUGAAAUGAAGAAAUCGACCAUGUCGGUGACGUCAGCAAAUGGCGGAAGUCUAAGAGGCUUUCUGUCAUCAAUGGUUGGGAGCUGUGCAAUGGGACAACCUAGCUCACGGAGCGAAUCGGAAUACUCCGACGGCGUGUCGGAUGUAGAUAUGGAGGACGCUUCAAUGAUGAGAUCAGGAACAGAUGGAAUCAGUCCCGACGACGGCAGCGACGAUUAUUCAUUUAUGAGUAUUGGAAGUAGUGACGACAACGCUAGCAUACACAUGCGUCGGAAACAUAGACCGAAAUCUUUAAAUUUGUCUCGUUCAGUAAGCGGUACUUCGUCAGAAGAUGAGACUUCAGAUAGUGCAAUAAGCACUGACGUUGAAUCAAAGUACGCCGGUGUUCAACCUCCUGAUCCUCAUGAGUUGAGAAUUGCGCUAGCCGCAAGUGCUUUUGUAGAAGAGAUGCGAGGUGUUGAAGCAGAGACUGACGAUGAGCUAGCCGAAAUAGCUACUCAUGAAAAUAACCAUGUUGAUAAAAUACGAUGUAGUCCCUCAGCACCUGUAAGCCCAAGUUGGCGGGAAGGUCUUGAAAGCCCGCCAUUUUCGCCUCGCCGAAGGGACAGCUAUCCUGGCAAGCGAAGGGGUUCUUCUCCGGUAUCGCCUAAAGAUAAACGAUUUACUUAUACGGAUAUUUCACCGCCUUCACGACAGUUAUCGCUUGAAGAACUUUAUGAUAAAGAAGCUCAUUCUACAAAUUCUGACCCCUCUCUCGUACCAUUUGCUCAACGACCUUCGCCAAAAAGCCCUGAUGAGCUGAAAGAUUCUUUCUAUAGCAAUUCCGGUGAGGUUAUGUCAUUUGACAGACCGACAUCAAGUUUAAAGAAAAGUAAACCCUUUUAUUCCUUAGAGGAUGCCGCAAAUGAUUUAAAUGACACGACAACGAUUAUGGAUCUAGCAACAUACGCCGCUACUGUUGCGAGUAAUACUGCUAAUCUUACGUCCAUGUCGGUCUCGCCAACAAAUAUCCCUGACUCAAAACCUGGUCAUGAAUCACCAGAAAGUUUGGGCAGCUCUUCACCCGUUUCGCCAUACUAUGACAACGUUUCAUAUAAGGAUGAGCAUCAAAUAGACGAGGAAUCUGAGGAAGAUAUCGAGCUUGCUGACCCCUCGCAGAAGUCAAUCGACUACCAAGGGUCCAAGCGACAGAAAGCAAGGCCUCCAACUACCGAUUGGUCUCCUGUCAUAGAUUUAUCGCCGAUUUUAGAUGUUUCCCCGUCAUUAGAAGAAGCUGAACAGGCUGAAAUGCUCGCUGAACAACAAGCUGAAAGACAGAGACAAGCUUCUAGAGAGGAUGACGCAUAUUCGCCAGCAAACGCUUUCAUUGCUAUAAGCGAAGAUGCAAAUGAAGCACCGGACUAUCAGUAUUAUGGUUUAAAGAGAUACGAGGUUGUUGAAGAUAUAAGUGAACUAGUUAAACAAAAUAAUGGAAGUUCGCCAAUGUCAAUUGCAUCUAAUGAAAGUACCGAACAUAGCAAUGGAAAUAUUAGUAAACCAGAACAUAAAACUGUAACAGAUGUUGCAGCAUUUGAUGCAAAAAUGCCAACACAUCCCACACCCAUCUUUCCUUUACACUCAAACGCUGAGCAUAUGUGUGCUAAAUUACAUAGACACGACCCUAAAUGUUCAAAAAGUACUGACAACCCAGCAAAUCCUGGACAUUCUAUCGAUACGUCUAAAAAGAUGAAACCUGUAGAAGCAAAACCUGAAAGCGUUCAAAUAGCUGCUGUUGAUAUACCUGAUUCUGCUAGCACGACUCAGUCGAAAACAAAAUUGCGACGUAAGUUACCGGAACCAAACGCUGAGAUAAUUGCAACCCAAAAGGCACCGGUCCCAAAACCACGUCGAAAAGAUAAACCUUCAGAGACACCUCCGCCAAAACCAGCUCGCACUGCUAAAGCUGAACCUCAAGAACCGACCCGGAACCCACCAAUUCUCCAUCAGUCUGUAUUCGCAAAUAAACAGGCAAGCAAAAGCCAAGACAAGCCAGUCCUUCAAAAACAGAAUUCCGAGGAACGCCGCCGUACUGCAAAAGAUAUGAAAGCAAAACCUGAUCCGCUAAUAAUGAGUCAUUUGGAAUUAGAGGACGCCUCUGCCUCGCCUCAGUACAAAGUAUUAGAGUCUCCCCCUAGCCCUGAAAACAAAUCUGCAAUUCGCCGAGAAUAUUCCGACAGCACGUCAGUUUCCCCUUCAUCGUCCCCUGAUAGAGAGUCAUUCCUCUAUCCUUCCCCGGUUACACCGCCGGAUUCUGACUCAUCGCCCCCUAAACCACAUUCGCCUUCAUCAGGGACGGAUUUUGAAGAUGAAUUUAUUUUAGUUUGUGAAGACAGCUCUUACGUCAAACCGAAGGAGAAGGUUCGGAACGCCUCGGUUCCGUCGGAGAGACGCCAAAGUACCAAACAUAAUCACGACAGGGACAAUCAUGAGAAAAAUAAAAAUCACGAAAAGGACCAACCAUCCCACCACGCAAAGAACAAGCAACAUUCACCACAGUCGAAGGACCACAAACAGAAAGAGAUGAAGAAAGUCCGCCGUAAACUCCCACCAAUCCCAGCGGAGGAGGAGCUAAAUCAAACAGCUAAACCUAAGCAACGCCCAGUUCCUCCCAGAAAACCACCACCUCGAACUGACAAUAGAGUAUUCAAGAAUAAGCCAUCCGCGUCAUCGACGAGUGAUGAUUCCUCGAUGAAUGAAGAUGACAAAGAAGUAGCAAGUAUUACAAGAAAGAAGCAAGUUAAUAAUCUAGAUAAGCCCUCGAUAGACAAGCGCAAUGGAAAUUAUCUUAAAAACUCAAACGCACCAACUAUUAGGAAACCCGAGGACUAUGUAGAAAUAAAUAUUCCACCGGAUUUAGAAAUGUUAACUAUAAAGAUAAAAGACGAUAGUAUUUCGGAUACUUAUCACAAUGAAACUGAUGCAAUUAUAGACUCUUUAAUAAACAUAUACGGUGCGCCUAUAACACAGGCAAUGAAAGGUUUAAAAAGACGUUUACAAGACGAAUUAAGAAGAGUUACUGAAGGUAGAAGGAGAAAAAUAGAUGAAAUUGAAGAGUUACGUGUCCUGAAGUUUCAACUCGGAGAGUUACGAAUCGGUGCGUCAAAUAAAUCGAAUUCCGGAAGUAAUGGUAAGAAAAGAUCAACCACUAACUCAAGAACGUCGCCGCAAAUGAUAAACAGACGUGCGCGACACAAGAGACAGUCUUCUGAUCCUAUGGUAGCAAAGUUUUCUCCUAUAAAAGAGGAUAAAGACAUCGAGUCCGAGAUUCAAAUUGUUCCGUUAGACGAUACUAGGAUUUGUCGGACCGCGGAUGAUAGUUCACAAUCGGGAAUUAGUGAUACGGACAGUGCACGGUCUGAACCUAUCAUUGGUAAUAUAACUAAUGGUAAGAAGGUUAAACCAACCGACUACGCCAAAAUGUUUUAUACACAUCAUGCUCAAUCUUCAGAAACCUUGGAUACAUCAGCAAGGAAGGCAAAACAACCGUCACCUCAGUUAAUAUCUAGUCAUUCCGACGGACACAUACCCGUUGAUACUGUCGAAGAUGAAGAAACUCGACUGCGAGAAGAAAAACGUCGAGAGUUACAAUUUGAAAUUGAAAAACGACGGAAGCAAUUAGCUGAAAGAGAAGCAAAGUUAAAAGAAGCUCGUUCUAGUAUAGGUGCUACAAGUAAGCAACUAGCUCAAAGCUGUGACGAAAUUUCAUCACGUGUAAGCAUUCCAUCUUGUAUUCAUCCGCGGCCUAUUCCUACUGGAAUCAUAAAACCAAUAGACGACGAGGAUGAUAACAUACAAACUAAAGCUAAUUUCCAAAAUCAAACAAGUUAUAGCUCAACCGAGUAUCUAGCUCAUAAACAAGAGGAGAUAAUGCGACAAAGACUGGACGGUUUAUCCUCAUUUUCCUCCCCUUAUCUUUAUAGUGCUGAAUUCGGUGAAAAGAGUGCUUUUGUUCCUCAACAAACCAGAAGCAAUCUGGACUCCUAUUCUUAUUCUACGGGUAACGUGAAUGUCAGUAGAGACUUCGGCAUAUGCAGUAGUGCUACGUUACCAAAUAUUCCAAUUUCAAAAGCGGAUUUAGAAAAUAAUAAUCGGCCCGUGUCUGAUACGGAGUCGAGCCCACCUCAUAUACCGACACCGGCUAUGCCUUUACUGUCGGAUGUUAAAGCUAGAUCCAGAAAGAUCAUUCAUGAAAUUGGGACCGGGAGUAGACCUGUUUCUGCGGAGUUUAAUUUGGGAGUAGAAGAUCUAAUGAACGGCAUGUAUCGUGUAGAAAGUGACAACAGUGUUGACGCAGACGAACCAAUCAUGAAACACCUGAUGGAAGGGGGCGUGACCAUUCUUAAGCAGCUUGAAAGAAAAAAACAGCCGCCCCCUUCGGCACCGAAGAAGUACGACAAUUCCGUAAAAAGAAUUCUUCUAACAACAGAUCCGAAAGAGAAAUACGGAAAAGGUCGACCUGGGAAUGGUGUCGGUAUGAGAAUUGUCGGGGGAAAAAACAUUCCAGGUACUAGCUGUGUGGGAGCAUUUGUAGCUACGAUUUUCAAAGGAGGUGUCGCCGAUCAGUUACAUGGAGAGGUCAAUGAAGGUGACCAGAUCUUGGAAUGGAACGGUAUAGAGCUAACUGGAAGGUCGUACGAGGAAGUCCAACAAAUUAUCUCCCAGGCCCCAAAUGGCGAAGUUGAAUUGGUUAUCAAACCUUCAAUGAUAUCAAAGAAAGUGAUGGGAGAAACCACUGCUCAAGCACCAAGCUGUCAUUCCUCUUACGAUAAUCUUGAGAGUGAUGAGGAGAGCGAAAUUAAACGAAGGCCAGCCCAACAACAAGGUGUUGACCCAAAGCAACUGGCCGCCACCUUAGAAGAGAUCGAGGAGGAUGAGUCACCAUGUAUGUCUCAUUCAUCUUCCCAGCAGGACUCGAACACAGCUAGUGCAUCCUCAGGGUGCAGCUCACCCAUGUCUGAGCCUACGUCAACGUCUUCCGACCAGAAACGUAAUAAACGAGUUAUAGCAACAGCCACGGCAUGUGUGUCGUCUCCAACACAUCUUCAGAGGAAGGCCGUAACAAAAUCUUCAAAUAAUCGUUCACGAUACGGCAGCCAGGGUCAGUUACCGACCGUUUCUCAUGACCAGUCUAUAAAAAGCUCACAAUCCUCGUCUGAAUACAUGUACAAAUCCCAUGAUUCUCCGACACCGCCUAAGCAACAACCCAAACCACAACCUCGAUCUAAACCAACCACGUCAUUAGAACCACCAUCCUAUCGUGCUGCAUGCAGCACGCCAAGCAGAUCACCUCCCAAGUUCGACAAACAGCAAAGUGAAAAAUCAGAACAGAAGAAAAAGGAGCUUAAUCAACAGUCAAACUCAUUUGAUGACUUUAUUCGUAUGUCACAACACGCUGGGGUCGAUGGGAAACAGAUGUCGCCGUCGAAAAGACCUUCAAAACGAGGUUUAUCAUCAUCCGCCAGCGAAUUGGCCCGAAGGCAAUCAGAAGAUGAAAUUAAGAAAUCACCAAAAGGAUCCAGUCGGGGGAACCGACAGAUGGGAGAUAUCCAGCUGAAGCUUCACCAUGAUGAACACAACAGCGAGUUCAAAUGUCACGUGAUUCAAGCUAGAAACCUACUACCGAUGGAUCUUAAUGGAUUAUCGGAUCCCUUUGUUAAACUCUACCUCUUACCCGGACGCUGUCAAGGAGCUAUUUGUGCGGACAAUAAAAGACGAACAAAACAUAUAGCUCGAACUCUGAACCCUGAAUGGAACGAGACGGUGGUGUUUCCUGAUGUUCAUAUUGAAGAGCUCAGAAAUAAAACUUUAGAAGUGACUGUUUGGGAUUAUGACAGAUUUAAGGCCAAUGACUUCCUUGGAGAAGUGGUUAUAGAUUUCUCAGAGGAAGCAUUUUUAGAUAACAUGCCCCACUGGUAUCCCCUCUGUGGACACGAAGAUGUUAAAGGUUUAGAUAUACCUCAGCCGACUGUUCUGCCGCCAAAACAUAGCCGUGCUAACAGUGUCUCUCCACGGUCUGUGGCUGGCGAUAAACAAUCUGGUGGAGGAAGAGGUGAAAGAGGAAGGCCAGGUUUGGGAAGACGAAGGCGAUCGUUUGACACUCUUCAAGAUGUUGACAAAGUAUGACGUCGAUACGUAAACAGUCACACUGGCUAGAUAUAUCUGUGAUUUUAUACUGCUGUGAUCAUUUAAAGCGACAUCAACCCGUGAAGUUGGCAAUAGACAAAGGGUAUGCGCAUGCGUAACACGUUAGAGGCAUCAGUGAAGCGUAAACGGAUUUGCUAGAAAUAAAGAUUUUAUGUUUAAAAUAAACCUCUACAGUUCUCCGAUUUGUCCACAGUUAAAAUUGUAAAUGAUUUAUAGCACAUAAAUAAUGUUGUGCAAUUCUAUAAAAUCAACUUAAUUAAUUAUUACUGCCAAUUGAUAUAUCCGAACUCUGGCCUUUUGAUUUGAAUAAAAAAAGGUUUAACCACAAACAUUGACACGUGUUCUUUUAACAAAAACGUUGUAGAUAUUUCCUUAUAUAAUCCAUUGUUAUAUUGAUCUGAAUUUGACAAAUAAGGGUCAUGUAGUGUAGGAAGUUACACAAUUUCGAAUAUUAGAACUCAACAAUUGUUUUAACAUGAAAGCAAGACUGGUUUGCUAGAAAUAACGGAAUAAAAAUUAAAUAAAUGAUUCUAACGUUUCGAUCAAAGAUUUCAUCGAUAAUUUCUAGAUAAACUUACAUAAUGUGUUGCCAAAGAAAGCCCUGAAAUCGCCCUUUAAUGACAAAGUGAGUAUUGCCAUACUUUAUGUCUGUAGGAAACCUUAUUAUUAUCCAAUCAUAAGGAUUGCAAACUAUUUACCAAUUAUAAAUGUAAAUGUUCAAAAUUCGUAGUCUGCGUGUAUUUGUGAAUACAUUGUAUGCUAUUUCUUAUUCUUAUUAUUUUAUCUCUGCACAAUUCCCGUGAAAGAAAAAAAACAGAAUCAAAGAAGUAUACGACGUAUUUGUUCAAAAGGUGGUUUUACAAUUGGAGCAAAGAACGUUUUCCUGAUAUACACAUCUUCACCCAAAACUUAGCCCAGGGCAACUUUGUAAAAGCGUACUGUGUGUAAAAGUACUGUGUACUGUAUAAAUCUUCCAUGUUAACAGGGUUCUGAAUAUAACUUUUAAUCGUCUUCAUAUACGAGUUAAGCGUUCAUUAAUAAAAAAAUUGUUAACAUCAUUUUUGAAAUACUUUCAAAGGUGCUCCUCAUUUUACUUAUUUUUAGAUUGAUUUAGUUUAUAUCGUGUUUUGUUCGCAUCAGCUUAUUAAUAAAAUUGUUUGUAUUUUUGUCUUGACAAUUGAAAUUUUACUUAUCCUAAGAAGCACUUGAUAUUGAAAAUAAUGGAAAUUUUAAUAAACCUUUAUACUUAUUUUGAAGAAAAAUAUUGUUUUAUCAUUUUUGCUCCAUCCGGAAAGUAUUUGAGUCUGUAACGCAUACUUUUUUUGUUUUACAUGUAUUUAACACAAGUCUUUUUUUUAUAAAAAUGAUAGACUUACAUAUUAUAUAUUAUAUAAGACCGUAUUAGGGAUUCAUAAAUUUAUAAUUAUUAUACUUCAUUUUGAGAUAGUUUUUAACUUGUAUCAUUAAAUCAUUUGAAUUAACAGUAAACCCGCUGACAUUCUAAAAUGGACAUUUCAAACAUCCGUUUCUGGACCUGUCCGAUCUUAAAAUCAAAGGUAAGCCAGCAAACAGUAUAGGGCCUGGUCAGACAACAUGUACGUGUAGGUUGGACUGGCUCUAUACUGGUUACAAAGGCUUAUCAUUUUCUUGUACGACAAGACAAGUUAAAGAGUUAAAGUUUCAAAUCCGGUUUUGAAAACACCAGUUUAUACAAAAUAAGUAGUAUAAUUAUCAUAUGUUAGUUUGAUUUGAAUAAAUUUUCUUUGCAGUUUUAUAAAGAAUAUUGUUUAUAUAAUAAUAAAUACACAUGACUUUUUCUUAUUGGAUGAUGUUUGACUUGCUUCAAACCAAUAUGAUAUGCUUAGAAAAACGGAAAUUAUGAUAAAGUGUUUGUACGCAUUUAAAAUAUAUGACAAUACUAGAUAUUCAAUAAAAGCAUCAUGAUGUGUUAUUUGUGUGUUACUACUAACCGUUGAACUUGUAGCAAAAUGUUUGUAGUUUAUAUUGUAGCAAUUUAUGACACUGUUAUGAGCUAUUGUUACAAACAUUGGGUUGGCUUUGAGCAUAAAUGUAUCAAACAGUAGCUCUGUAAUUAUCUAACAUGUUAAAUCUGUUAUAUAUUAUGACAAUGUAUAUUAAACUUUUACCAGUUUUACAUCAUUAUUGUUCAUAGAUUAUAAUAGUUUUUGUUGAAAAUAUUGUGGCUGAUAAGCUGGGGGACAUGGAAGAUCUCCAUUCCUUUGCAAACAGCUAUCAUAUAAAUGUUACAAAGUUAUAUAUAAAACAAUGCAUAAUUAUUAACCAUUCCAUUUUAUCUCAGCGUUCAUUUGAUUAAAACAUUGAAACGAGA